UCCCACUUUCAAUUCAAACUAAACUUCUUUCUCAUUAACAAAACUUUGAUUCACAUAAUCAUCUAAUUAAAAUGGGAAACUGUUGCACAUCAUCAUCAUCAUCAUCAAUGGAGUGGGGUGGAGAGGAUUGGGAAUCAUUGAGGUCAUCGUCGCCAUCAACGAAGCCAAAAAAUUCAUCGUCGUCAUCAAGAAGUAAGGUGUUUGAUGAAUCUGCUCAUGUUCGAAAAGAGGAGAAUAAUAAUCUUUUAGGAAAGCUUAGAGAUUCUUCUGAUGCAAAUGGAAAAGUGACACUAAAAAUUUCAAAGAGUGAAUUGGCUGAAUUAUUGGGAGCAAUACAACAAAAUAAUAAUAACAAUGAUCAACAACAGCCACAUAAGCAGAAGAAAGAAUUAGCUUCAGCAGAAGAAGUUCUGUUUCGGUUAAUGAAAACAAGAGAUCAUCAAAUUAUUAGUAGUCACUGGAAACCUGUAUUAGACACUAUUCCUGAAUGUUAAUUACUAAGGUUAAUUAAUUAGUUGUUUAGUUGAUGAGAAUGAUAAUUAAGUACUAGUAUUGGUGCUAGCUAGCUAGCUGAAGGAUUGAUUGAACAUAUAUUAUUUUUCCUAUAGUAAUUGAUUAGAUAUAUGUAUUAUGCAGAGGUUUGGGAUCAUGUAAUUGUAUAUGAUUUUUUCUAUUAUAAAACAGAUCAAGUUCA